AUGUCUACCUCUUUCAAAAUAAUUCUCUUCUCCUCCUUAAUUUCUUUAUUUCUUUCUUUCUCUGCUCACCAUUCUUUUUCUUUUCUUCAUUUUUCUCUCUCACUCUCAUCCCUCUCUCUCUUUCUCUCUCUCUUUCCCCCCGCUACCAUUUUCGUUUUCUUCUAUAUUUCCACUUUCUCUCUCACCCUCUCCAUUUCUUUCUCUCUCUCUCUUUUCUCACGCUCUCUUUCUUUCUCCCUCUCAAUUUCUAUUUCUCGCUUCCUUCUUUUUUCCCCUCUCCCUCUCUCUCAAUUUCUCACCAGUUCCUUUUCUACCCCUUCUCUCUUUCACUAUUCUCUUCUCCUGCCCUCCUUAAUUUCGCUCCAUAUUUCUAUUUCUUUCUCUGUCUCUUUCUGUUUUCUUCUCUCUCUCUCUCUUUCUCUCGCUCUAUGUUCCCUUCUGCUUCCCCCCUCUCUCUUUCUCACGCUCUCAGUUCCUUUCUGCUUCCCCCUCUCUCUCUCUUUCUCACGCUCUCAGUUCCUUUCUGCUUCCCUCUCUCCCUCUCUCUCUUUCUCACGCUCUCAGUUCCUUUCUGCUUCCCCUCUCAGUUCUCUUUUCGCUCUUUCCUUUCUCUUCCCCCUCUCUCUCUUUCUCACGCUCUCAGUUCCUUUCUGCUCUCUCCCCCUCUCUUUCUCUCUUUCUUUCUGCUUCCCUCUCUCAGUUCCUUUCUGCUUCCCUCUCUCUGUCUCUGCUCCUUUUUCUUCAUCUCUCUCAAUCUUCUUCUUCUUCUCUCAGUUCCUUUCUGCUUCCCUCUCUCUUCUUCUUUCCUCAGUUCCUUUUCUUCUCUCUCUCUCUCUUUCUCCGCUCUCAGUUCCUUUCUCUCCCUUUCUCUCAAAUUUUCUUCCUUUCUGCUUAUUCUUUUCUCUUCCUUUUUUUUUUCAAUCUUCUUCCUUCUCCUCGUUAUUUCCUCUUUCUUCCUCUCUUUUCUAUCCCCUCUCUAUCAUUUUCUUUAUCCCUCCCUCGUUAUUUCUUGUGGUAUCUCUUUCUUCUCUUUUUUUUUUAUCACUCUCCGUCUUUUCUCUUCUCUCCUUCUUUCUCUCUCUCUCGCGUUCUAUGCGUGUGUAA